UUUUUUUUUGGCAUUUGAAAUACUAAAUUGAAAUACUAAAAUACCCCGUGGCGCAUUUGCGAAGCUUUAGCUCCACUCCCCCUUAAAAUGCUACGCAAAUAUUAAAUUUUCAUAGAAUCAUAAAAUUCGAACUAUAUACGUCUGAAUUGCAUACUUUAUUGGGUAUACUUUUUAGUAUUUAUUACAGCAGUUACCCGCACGAAACCACCGCUAAAAUUGAGAUAAAAAAUCCGCAGUGCGAUACCAAACAUAAUACGGUUCUUUCAACUUUUAUUGAGAUCGCGCGAUAAGCUAAGAGAAUUUUUUCCGCCAACUUUUCAAAUGUGAAAGGCAUAGAACGAAAUUGAAACAAACGAUCAAUUUUUUCAGAGAAAUCGAGAUUAAAGUAGCAAGAUGAAUUUUACAAAACAAGGAAAAAAGUCAUGAAUCAACUGCAAAUCUCAAAAGGACUUAUAACACCACCGCGGUAAUCACAGUGGCACCACUUGCAGUUGGCGCACAGCCAAUUCUCGCUCCUGAGAAAAACACGUGAGUCUCAUGACUCCAACGCUAAUAGGGACGGAUUUGCGAAGAUCUGUCUCUCGUACACCUGUACUCAGAGUGUAUGACUAUAUAGGCCCGUGCGAAUUUAGAUUCGAGCGCCGGUAAACAAGAGACCGCACCUUCUGUUUACAAGGCAAUGCGAUUGUCCGAUCAGGUAGAUAAAUUGAUCGUCGAUAAAUAUUGUGAGUGGAUUGAAGCAAUAACUGUUAAUUUUUAUGAUGAACAAUUUAAAAAAGUGCAAUUCAUUUUCACAGAAAAGAUUAAUAACAUAGUUAAGCGAUUAAGGUUUGAUUGACCAAUCGAAAUAGUUGAGUAACGAAUAUAAGAUUAUCAAGAAGCGAAGUAUAGAGUCAUACGAAUAUCAAACUCGAAUGCAAAGUCUGAUAUAGAUGUUUGUUAUUCCAGCAAUUAUCAACUAUCGAAAGUUAAUUUGAGCGAAAUCCUUUGAAAAACAGCAUUCGAAUGUUGCUAUGUAGAUGUAAUUUGGAAGAAUACACAUUACAUCAGAAUUGUAUCGUUUGUUUGAUCAACAAUCGCUCAAAGUUUCCGAUUCCUCUAUAAAAAUACGUAACAAUUCCAAUACAAAAGCUUUCAUCAGCCGGCAAAUUUUGGUUCAAUUUUCGCGACAUGCCAUCAAAAAGUGCAGCGCAAUAAAAAAACAAAACAAACACCCCGAUAAGCCCGCUCGCGCGUCGCGAAGAUUGUCGCGCUUUUAACGAAUCAACAAUGCGUGAACCAAAUCAAACAAAAAGAAGAAACAUAAAGGAGCGAGACGGGUUAUAAGCAGAUAACGCGCGCAUGAUACGUCGACCAAGGGGAUUUGAUCUCCACGAUUACACAUAGGAAGAGAGGGGCGCGACUUCCAGGUGCGCGUCGGAAUGCAAUUGCGCACAUAGCCGCACAACUGCGCAGUUCCGUAGGGUUGAAUAGUACAAUUCCACUUCGUCACACGCAUAGGCAGGCUAAAAGGCCGUAAUAACCGCCGCCGUCUGAUUCAUGUGCAGUCGCUGCACGAGAUUCUCCAUAAACUCACCCACGCAGCAUCUGAUUCGCGCGCACACGUAUACUCCCACACCCACACCUACACGUAUACGUGCUAUCGAGCACGUACACACUCUCAAGACGACACGUAUACGUGCUGCGAGGGCUUCAAGAGGCGAGUGGGAAAAGGAAAAGAGGGGAACGACGGUGUACCAAGCGCAUAAUACACAGUUCUGCGCGCCGGCGCCGUUCCUGACUGGUGGGGAUGAAAGAGAGAGAGAGAGAGAGAGAGAGAGAGAGAGAGAGAGAGAGGGGGGAGAGGGGAGAGUCUGCAGCUAAACUCUCUGUUAUAUCCGAACGGCUGCAGAACGCCUCGUUAGUUCACCGAGGAAAACACUCACGUUACGACCUUUCUGUGCAACAGAUAUUUCGUUCGUUCGAAGCUCCAUCACUGAGAAACACGAGAAUCCAUUCAUUCCGAGUUCAAGGUACUACUAUACACUGCCCACAGUGCGUAGUAGGACAGGAGCGUGUAAAGUAAGAAGUGUGAAGAGGCGAGAGGCUUUCGGAAAUUCGAAAACUCGCACCACAUUCGGCUUUUCGAAGCUACAGCUACACAGCAUCAGGAGAAGUGAAAAAGGGAGUCGGUCCGAAGGACGGACGCGAGGUUUUCUGCGCAAUAGUAGGAGGCUGCUGCUGCAGUGUGUGACACACGCGAGUCAGAUACAUACUCUUCGGACGCGUGCACCGAGUUGAGCGGGAAGAUAUCGCGGCAGAGGAGAAGAGAGAAUGCUACCGUCGUUGGGAAGACCGAAAUUUGCCGACAGACAAAGCGACACUGCCGUGUGAGUUGAGGAGAGAGAUUUUUGGACACUGCAAACCAGAGGAGAGGAAGCAAGACUUGUAAAAUACACACACACACAUAUAGCACGUAAAGCCUUCAUUACAAACAGAAAGAGACGAUUUCACAUACUUUCUUCCAUACUAUCACCGCACUCCGUCCAUUUUCGCGAGCUACCUGUAGCACGAAAUCGUUGAACGAAGACGAAUCGAGGAGACAAAUAGAGAGUUUCCGAUUCAGACGAGAGAAGAGAAGCCAGAAAGAUGGAUCUUGUUUACAUUCCGGAAAUCCUGACGUUCGGCUCGUUCAGGAGCCCCCAGUACCGGGACUACGAGCAGCCUUGGAACAAGAAUUACUUCGACAAUGGUAAAACUUCGUCUUACUAUCACCACCGCCAACCGCAGCAACAGCAGCAGCGCGAGAGCAAGGACUCUUGCCAUCUGUGCAAGGAAAAUAAGCGGCGCAGCUUGGCCGCUUACAUCCGCGGCAAGACGCGUAACAACUCCUGCAGUGAGAUUUGUGAGGAGGAGGAGGAAGUCGAAGAGCAACAGAAGCAACAGAAGCAAGAGGCGAGCUCAUCGGGUUCAGCCGAACCGGAUUCCAAAAGCAAGAAGUCGCCAGUGACAGCCUGAGAGCGCAUGAGGUUCUUGAAAAAGCACCUGAUGUGUUCUUCUACUCGACGACGACGAGAUUGCUGGAGGAGGAGGAAGAGGAGGAGAGUUUCCAUCUGAUGCCGAGCGUCACAACAAGAUUCAAUUCAUUUCUUCAACUUAGCCGCUACCAAAGACAUCCGCCUGAUAUAACGUUGUUAGCUUCCUGUCACGUCCGUCGGUUUUCGCCUGAAUGAUCGUCGAGUUUUAUGAGAAGCUAUAAAAAGAAGCUGUCGUAGAUGAUGCGUAGUCGCUGUAACUAUAGUUAUUAUGAUUAUUCGUUUGCAUAUGUUACAUUUAUGCACAAUUCGGACAAUAACGAUGUGUAUCUACAAAAAAGCUGUUCUUUCUGGCAUGGAAUUUUUCUUCCAUUUACACGCGCUUUUAAAUUGGACAUGAGCCUACUGCCACGUGUUACAACUUAUUAACGCCGUACAAAAAUAGUUGCAAUGACUAACGAUUUCGACACAUUAGGCUUGAAUAAUGAACCUCGCGUCACCAUCAGAACCGAGUGUCUUUCUUCUUCAAAAGGGAUCACAGCGCAUGUCCCUCGUUACAACAGCUCCCAGUUGAUUCGAUUUGCUACCGCUUUUCGUUUUCAUAUUAACGAUUGUACCUAUACAUAUUGUACACAACGUGUACGUUAUAUUUUACAGAAUAGGAAAGCGACGGAGUCGAGAGUCUCCGCCGUAUUAUUUCUAUUCUUUUUUCCAAUAAGACUGAUUACGAAAGAUUAGGCACGAUAUAUUGAGAUCAUUGUUGGGCAUCAGGUAUUUGCAUUAUUCCAAGAUGGAAUUGGCGUGGAACCGAAUUUGAUGAAAUGUAAUUUUUUCAAACCAUUGUUUUAUCGCAACAGUACCUCCAGAUGUUAUAAAAUACAUACAAACUAUUUAAUUUUGUAUAAAAACUUCGUGAUAAUAUAUCUGUUGUAUUUUCGUAAAUUUUUUAUGAAAUAACGUUCUAUUUUAUCGAGAAAUUGUGUAAGAGGCCCAGGAAAAAGUUCAAGUACUUUUUGCCUAACUUUGAACCCGCCAAUCUAAGAAAUAAAAAAAAAACUACAAAAAAAAUCUAUCGUGACCCACUGUCGAAUUUUACACUGACUUGUAUAGUUCGAUUAGAGAAACAAAAACAAGCAAAGCAUCAAUACUGCCUAAUGAUGAAAACGUAGGCAUUUCGGUUUUGUAGGUGGAUUUGAUCGAUUUUGAUGUACCUUAAAAAGUUCGCUAUUCAAAUAGUUGAUAAAAAAUUUCAGAUGUAUUUAAAAAAGUUAAUUCUUUACAAUUGUUCAAUUUGUAUAUAUUGAAUCCAUCUGCAGCUAAUAUAUAGUUUUAUAUAUACAUUAUUUUUUAGGAAUUAUAAAUAUUUUGGAUGAUAAUUUAUCACCUUUCCGUAGUAAAAAACGGAAACAACAGUAAAAGUUUAAAUAAUGUUACGAUAUUAUAUUUCAAAUGUAUUUGUACAAAAAGGAGUUAUUAUUCAAUUGAAUAAACUAACCAUCGUAUUAUUUACGACGAAGUUACUUUUUCCCUUCCAAUUCCUUGAAUUCACACUGACAAAAAUGGGUAUUGACAUAUUAAUGCCGACUAUUAAAGAGACUCUUAAGAUUACAUUCUGAAAGGCAACUGAAAAACAACAUUGAUAUUAAAAAAAAGCACCAAAUAAAUAGCCUUUCAAAUUUCCUGCCAAAAUACUCUUGAAGACAAAAUUAUCGCCCGCGCAUGCGUCGUUUGCACACGACACCAAUCGUUGAACCACGAUUCAAACGAUGUUAAAUUGAAUUUGUUUCGAUAAUCUGCUUUUAAUUAUCAAUGGUACAUUUUAUGUACACGAGAUUUGGCUUAUAGUGUAAACAAAAUUUGUUAUAAAUACGAGAAAGUUUUUGUACAAUAGAAGAUAAUACACUAUAUUUCAGAUAAGGAACUUUCUAGAUACAACAUCGUGUGCAUUGGGUGUAUGACGGCCGUGUCGGGUGCAAAGGCGCGCAGUUCACGCAAACUCCUACAAGAGUGACGUCGCCAUAUCCUGCCACAGGAGUACGAUACCAAACCUCAAAGCGAUAAGACAGACAAGAUUUACAGAGUUUUCACGACUACGAACGUCGAUUCAGUUGGAAUUUUUUAAUAUCUGAAGAGAGUACCAAGCACUAGAAUAAAAAAUGGUAUGGAAAACGAUAAAGGAGAAAUGUCAUCUUCAGGGGAAGUUCGAAAAAAACAAUGACAAACCAAAGUCGUGUGGUAACGAUUGCUGCAAAUGCGGCGAUCAGUGCAAAAGAUGCGGAACCGAGUGCAAAUGUUCCACCAAGAAGAUCUACAUUCGCUCGCCCAUGUUCACGUAUUACACUGAUACAAUGCAUUAAACAGGACUGGAAUCUUCUAAGGAAGAUCCCACUUUAUUCUAACCAUGGCAAAUUUAUCAACUUAAAAAGUUGUGAUCUGAUUAUUUAUGUAACGUUAAACUUUUAGAAUCUACUGUAAAAUUUGUUUGUUAUUAUUAAGAUAUUAGAAUAGUGCUAUUGCAUAAAUUACCUUUAAAAGCCAAGUUAAAACAGAUUCUCGAUAAGGGACGAAACCUCGUUUCCGCUCGUUUGUACUCUCUGCUAGAGAUCCAAUAACUUUUCCCAAUGUAAGAAGCGACUUAUUUAUAGACACACCUUCCUACAAAAUAAAAUGUAUUUGUAAGUAUGAAAAUAAAGAAAUAAAAUUUUCUUUUUCGUAAA